AUGUCCGCAGCAGCCUCAAACCCACCACCACCACUCCUCUCAGCAACCCACCACACUCCCUCAUCCUACGACUCCUACGAUGAUCUCCUCAACACCGUCACCGCCCGCGUGAAAGACGUCCUCGCCGCCGACACAACCAGAGCUAAGGCACUCUCUUCAAGCACAAAGCCUCUUGCCCACCCAAAUGCAACGCCGCAGAAGGGCCGCAAAGUGAAGAAAGUGGUGCCGGGUGCGCGAGCGACUUUAGAUGAUAGCGAUGAUAGUGAGGAGUUUGAUGAUAGCGAGGAAGAAGGUGAUGAGCGCGGUGACGAGUGGGAGGAGGAUGGGCUUGGUUGGGAGCUUCAUGACAGACCGAACGCCCCCAUCGAAGCCCCCUUAGCCUUCCGCAACCUCUCCACCGACCUCAUCGCCCCCUCCGCCAUCGCCCUCACCUCCCCUUUACUCGCAACCCCGCCAACACCCAUAACACCCACCCUCCUCCGCCAAACCCUCGCCCAACUCGAACACGAGUUUCGCUCCGAAUUGACCAAAUCCACCAUGCUGGUCGAUCUGCAACACCGAUACAUGCAGCGGAGGCUCGCGAUGCCUGGCGGUCGUGGUGGUGGGGCGGGAAAACGGGUGGGGAGCGAGGAGGAGAAGCGCGAGGCUGCGAGCGAUAUUUUGGGCAUUUUGGUGGAGAUUAUGCGCGGGGGUGGGGGUGGUGCGGGCGGAUCCAUCCAUGGUCAUCACGCGGGCGACGAGGAGUUUGAAGAUGGGGAGACGGAGGAGGCUGCCAUCACUGCCGGUCCGACGGCGAUACGGAGCGGGAUGGAGGAUCUAGGCGAGACGAACGACCUGCUGCUACAAUUGCGUGAGCAUCUCGAGCGGCGGUCGGAGUCACUUCCAGAAGAUCAUGAUAUUGCGGCAGCGGCGGUGGAAGGCAACGGGACCGACGUGCGGGUGUCUGCUUCAGAGCGGUCCAAGCAGUUUGCACGGUUCUUGCCGACAAAAGUCCCCAGUUUGGACUUUUGA